UCAUUGAUAUACCCUACAGCUGGUGGCUGCGGACACCAAACGGAGUGAAAGGGCUAAGAAAGUGAUGACGGCUUGAUGUAGAGGGGUUGUGUUUUUUUUAAGCGAAGGCUCGAGAGUUGGUAGAGUGUUUUAAAGAGUGGCACACCAAAGAUUUUCAGAAACAAAACAGUCAAAAUGCUCUGCCACGUUACUCGUCCGGAUUCGGUGGUGAUGGAAGUGGAAGUUGAUGCGAAGGCGAACGGUGAAGAUUGCCUCAACAAGGUUUGCAGAAAGUUGGGCAUAAUCGAAGUAGACUACUUUGGGCUGCAGUUCACAGGCAGCAAAGGAGAAAACCUGUGGCUGAAUCUGAGGAACCGCAUCAGCCAGCAGAUGGAUAAUUUGACACCCUGUCGGCUCAGGCUGCGGGUCAAGUUCUUCGUGGAGCCCCAUCUGAUUCUGCAGGAGCAGACGAGACACAUUUUCUUUACGCACGUGAAGGAGGACCUCCAUAACGGUCACCUGCGUAUGGGCUCGGAGCAAGCCGAGGAGCUGAGUGCACUCCUGGCACAAGCAGAGUUUGGCGACUACAACCAAAACACAGCCCAGUACUGGUAUUCAGAGCUGUGUGGAGAAGAGCCCAGCCCCGCCACCAUCGACAGUAUCAUUUCCAGACACAAAACUCUAGAAGGUCUGAGCCAGGGCUCAGUGGAGUAUCAGGCCCUGCAGCUGGUCUCCUCUCUGGAGCAUUACGGCGUGGAGUGGCACUGGGCUCGCGACGCAGACGGUCAGAGGAUGGCAAUAGGAGUUGGUCCUGAAGGCAUCGCUAUUUGCAAGGAGGAUUUCAGCUUGGUCAACAGGAUAAGCUAUCCAAUCAUCCAGAUCGCCACCCAGUCGGGGAAAAGUGUCUACCUGACAGUUACCAAGGACACGAAUGACAGCGUUGUGCUUCUGUUUAAGCUGAUCAGUAACCGGGCAGCCAGCGGCCUGUACCGAGCCAUCACAGAGACGCAUGCUUUCUACAGGUGUGACACAGUUACCAAUGCAGUGAUGAUGCAGUACAGCAGAGACUUCAAGGGCCACCUCGCCUCACUCUUCCUCAACGAAAACAUCAACCUGGGCAAAAAGUACGUUUUUGACAUCCGCCGUACCGCCAAGGAAGUGUACGACCACGCUCGGCGAGCGCUCUACAACUCUGGCGUGGUGGACCUGAUUUCCCGCUCUGAAAGCAGGGAUCGCUACUCCCCUUCACGCUCCCCAAGCAGGGACGGCGAGCAGGACAAGGGGCUGGACUGUGGCAGCUGCCAGCAAAGCCGCGCCCUGCAGGAACGUCUGCAGAAGCUCAGAGAGGCUCUGCUGUGCAUGCUCUGCUGCGAGGAGGAGAUAGAUGCUGCAUUCUGCCCCUGCGGCCAUAUGGUGUGCUGCCAGACCUGCGCAAAUCAGCUUCAGUUGUGUCCCGUGUGUCGAUCGGAGGUGGAGCACGUGCAGCAUGUCUACCUGCCCACUUGCACCAGCCUCCUGAACCUGACGUUGACAGACAACCACCAGCACCGCAGCAAUAUUCCCGCGCCCAUCCACAGAGACACGGCCUCUCCUCACACCUGCUCCACCACAGAGUAUGAACACAAGCUCUACCACACAUAAAGACGGCACCACCAAGAACUCCACCGUGAACACUUUGAAGUUAUAACAGACAGAUUUCAUACAAAAGGAGGAACAUUUGCUUUUUCAUCAGCUUUUUUUCCCUUUUUCUGUCCCUGACUGAACUUCAGAAAUGACCAAAAAUGGAAACUCCUGAGCAUAUUUAAAGAUCUCCGCACUUAAACUACACUGAUUCUUUGUUUUUGAUGAUGUUCAGUUUGUCACUGGUUCAUUAGUAUUUUUUUUUCCUUCCUUUUUGCUCUUUGUGUGUCAUUCUGUCCAAACAUUGUCUAUUUUAUUUUUUAAAAUAUCAUUAUGCCCUGCCACAGUAUCAUUUUUAUUAAGAUUAGGCUCUUAUUGUGAAUUAAAUUAUUGCAUCAGUUGACCUGAUACACAAUUAUGCUUUUGAACUUGUAUUUUGGUUGAAUGCUCCAUCGUGAGUAGCUCCUAGCCCUCCUAGACUGGCUAAAAACGGUAUUUAAUUGAGGGUGUUUUUGUUUUUUAAUAAUUAUUUUUGAAGCUUUGACAUUU